CUACGGCAAGCUAUUCCAGUGAUUACCAAAGCAAAGCCUUCCCUGUUCCCAAGCGCUUCGCCUCCAAUAUCUCCACGCCGUUCGCGGUGCUUCCGCUCGCCCACUCCUGUGCCGCUGCGCGCCGCUGCAGCUCCCGGCACCGUCCUACGAACCAACACGGCCCCAGAUUUCUUCCAGCUCCUCCAACCGAUUCGACCGGAACCGCCGCACGAGCCCCCCAAAGCUCGCAUCCUUUCCUGCGUUUAUUUAUUUCAGUUCAAAUUCCGGAGUGUUCGUUCUGUUUUUGCCCUAACUUGGUCACAAUGGGCGGCAAUAAUGACGGCGUUUCCGGUGCCGCUUGCUUGAAGCCGCUCAACGGCGUCUCCCCUACCUACGUACCCAGCGCCGGCGCCGGCGCCCUGUACUUCCUUAUCGGCUCCGGGCUCGGCGUCGUGGCGGUGCUCCACGCAUCUGGGUUGGCGGAGGUCAGCGGAGAGUGGGCCUCCGCGGCGCGGUGGACCGAGGUAAGCAGAGAGUGGCCCUCCGCCGCGCGGUGGGCUGCCCAACUGGCCGGAUCGGUCGGCGCCCAGCGCCUGCUCCUCGCAACGUCGCUUCUUUUCCUGGCCGUCAGCGUCUGGCGCCUCGCCAGGCGCUGCGCCGCCGUGGAGGGGCGCGUCGGCAGCACGGACUCCGCGGUGCGGGCGUUGCACGUCGGGGGAGUCGUCUGCGCCGUGUGCGGGUCGAAGAUUCGGGCCCUCAAGAGAGGCUGCCGUGGCGUGGAGCGCACCCGCUCGGUCGACUCGAGCAAGCCGGUCUCGAGGUCGCUGGCUGCUGAGUUCGACCAGGAGGCUGACGGGGAGGAAGAGGACAAUGCUGGAGAGACCAGCGAUCCAGAUGACGGCAGUGUGCAGUACCUGAGGAGGAGGCUCAAGGAGGAGAUGCUGCUGAAGGAGGUUGCGCUCGAGGAGCUGGAGAAGGAGAGGCAUGCCGCAGCGUCUGCAGCCGACGAGGCCAUGUCCAAGAUUGCGUGCCUGCGUAGCGAGAAGGCGCUGGUGGAGAGGGAGGCGCGGCAAUUCCAGGAGAUGAUGCAGCAGAAGCAGAUGUAUGACCGGCAGGUGAUCGAGUCACUUCAGUGGGUGAUCAUGAAGUCUGGAAUGCAAGGCUGGGAGCCAGAGGCCAUAACUGAUCGAGCCUUGUCGGAGACAAGCGAGGAUGACAGAGAUAAGAAGUAGCUAGCUCUUGGUUAUUGGAGUUGAAUGGAACCACUGAGGAAGGCCCUGUUGUUUGCUUUGAGUUCAUCGUCCUCUGAUCAGCUCUUAGUAACCAAACAGAGAAUGCCAAGUUACGAAAACUCGGAUGUUCCUUGACCAUGCAAAGCUCUUCAGGGGAAAUAUCUGAAAUCCACCUGUAAAUAUACCAUCUUCUUUUAAACUACCUGUGUACUUAUCUAAUAAGAACAACAUCUGUACUUGAUCGCUCUACCUUGCAAAUGUUCAUUGCUAUUUAUCUGCAAAUGUUCAUUGCU